AGACCAACAAAAGUGUAGAUGCGCUUUAAGUACAAGGAUUGUAGAGAAUAUUUACGUCGGAUAUCCCGGAAAAUGUUUAACUUAUACCAACAUAUAAAAUCCGGUGAAAGCAAGGAACAGAAGGAGCCGGAGACCACUGGUCACGACAGGUUCUACCAGGAACGUUCGAGGUCGAGCUUUAGGAAGAAAAAACGGCGUGGGGCCUGCCGUAGAGCGCAGUCUGCCGCGGAAUUGGACCCAGAGUCUGUCGCUGCUGCUAAUAAGAGAGAUGCUUUUCGCAUACGCUCUGUUUCUACGGACAAGGAGGAAAGUGAAGAAGAGAGCUCCGAGCGUGCGCCACUUGUGUCACAGAAAAUAGACUCGCUGGCAAAACUACUGUUCAACAAAUCGUUAAUGGGUUCCGGGUCCGGGAAGUCGUCACCCUCGGAGCCCGCUGCUUCACCCAAACACGGAGAGCGUUCUAUGGAGAGUUCAGUCGCGUUGGCUAUCUGUAAUGAAUAUUUAGCGCACACUCCGAGGUACCACAUGCUAGCUCAGUUGAACCCAAUUGGUGCGCGCGCAAGUAAGAAGUGGUUCGCAAUACACGACAACUCUAUAAAGGCUGACAGACUCCUAAUUCUGAUGCCUUUAACGAGUCAGUGCCCCAUAGAGCCCAACGAGACGUCCCGCGGUCUCAUCAUGGAGCUGUUCCGUGCGUUGCACCACCCCUAUAUCUACCCGGUGCUGGAUGUGGAGCUGUGCAGCGGACACGCGCUCGCCGUGCUGCCUUACAGCUCCAGGGGAAGCUUGAAGGACCUCAUCUUCAAGACAACAUGGAGCGAGGACUACGUUCGUAAAUAUGACUCGGUCGGCACCGGCCUGCCGCCCACCCAAGUGGCGAGGUUCGGGCGACAGAUGCUGGAGGGCCUGCUGUUCCUGAAAGAGAAGGGCUUUCCUCCUUUCCGCCAUUUGCACACGGGCAAUGUCAUGGUGCAGAACGGUGUGGCGAGGAUCUGCGGGCUGGAGAGCACGUUGGUGGGCGCGCCGCCGCGCCGCGCCGCGCGCUCGCUGGCGGCCGAGCGCGCGGAGUCGCUGCAGCUGGGCCACGUGCUGUUCGAGAUGUGCGCCGGCGCAGCCUGCGACCUCACCCUGCUGCCCGCGCUCAGCAACACCUACCCGCAGGUGGUGGAAAUAAUUGAGAUGAUCUUCAGCACGCGACCUCCGACCCUGCACGAGCUGGUGUUAUGCGAGCUGUUCCGGAAGAUCGACUUAAGGGAAAUGAAGGGUUCUUGCUUACCAAACUUCAGCCAGCGUCUGUCGGCCCCGUGCCUGGCGCUGCUCAGCGAGGUGGCGCGAAGGCAGGCCGGGGCGCGGGACGAGUGCACCCCCCCGCGGCGCGGGCCCGCCGACCCUGCCACCCCUAACACCCCCCCCACGCGCAGACGUUACGUGGUAGAACAAGAUUACACUGAAGAAUGGGUGCAUCAGUGGUGACCCGUCGACUUCGCGAUGCGUUUUAAAUAUUAAGUGUUCUCAGAGAGUUGUUAUUACCUCCGCACGUCACGAAGAUUUACAUCUACAUGGGAAACGAAACGAUUUUUUCUACUACAAUUUAGCCCUUAAUUAUUUUAUUAUUUAGAUGGUAACUUGCUAAGCUGUUUCUAAGCGAAAUCGUAGCGGAGCGCUUAAUCGCUUAGCGGCACGUCUUUGUCGGUAGGGUGGUGACUAGCCACGGCAGAAGCCUCCGACCAAACAUAGCAUUGAGUGAGAAGGUAGUAUGAUAUGUAUGAGCAAGAGUGAGAGGGAAGAUAGAAAAAUGCAUAAUGGCGUCAGCGGAGAAUUGGAUGCAUAAUCCGUUGUGGAUAAAGUUGAAUUAAAAAGUUGCUUUACCAAACAUUUUAUUAAUUUACUUUUAGCAUCUCGAAACAAAUGUAAUUCCUAGAUUGACUCUCUCAUUUUUUUUGUUUUUAAUUUGAAUUUAUUUGGUCAGUUGAGGUGCUAAC